AUGGAUGCCACAGCCCUUAAUUAUGAAAACCAGAAGUUGGUGCAGCAAUUGGAAGCACAGAAGUCUGAAAUGCAUUUGUUGGAAGCUAAGUUCAAGGAGUUGAGGAAUGAACAAUCUUCUUAUGACAAUACUCUGAUUUCCCUGGAUAAGAUGUGGAAUCAGCUUGUUGAUGAUUUAAUCCUGCUUGGAGUUCGAUUUGGUGGUGGUUUGAACAAUUUGCCUGCACUUGACCAUGAAGAGUUGUCAGAAGAAUCCAUCGAGUUGUGUCCUUCUGAUGAAAUUUUUCUCUUCAUGCUCUUGAAGUCCAACAAUUAUGGAAAAAAGGGUGACAAUAGCUUGUUGGAAUUUGCUGAAGAAGCUCUUGCUUUGCGCCGUUCGGCAACUCUUGCUCUGAUGAGGUCCCUUCAAGAGGCUAUUGCUGCACAACAGGCUAGAAGUGAAUAUUUGUCAUUAGCUUUAAAUGGAGAGAAGUCAAAUGAAGAUGUUGUUGUUGCCCUUCAAAACCAUAAUGAUCACUUGAAAGAGGUGGUUGGCAAUGUCCUUGAAGCUAUUUCUAUCGUCGAUGAGAAGCAUAAAAGGUAUCUGGAUGAGAUUGAGGCUUUCAAAAGCAGCUACUCAAAAGAAUUGCAGGAAAUCAAGCAUCUUUCAGGAGAGCUAGAGGAAACCAUGGCGGAGCUUGAGGAAAGCCGACGGAAGUUGGUUAUUCUCCAGUUGCAAAGGCAUGGAAGUUCGCUAAUGAACAUGUCUGGUCCAAACGCCGUGAAUGGUGCUGUUUCGGCUGAUAAAUCUUCAGAUGAAAACAUGGGCUGGGGAGAUCUUAAAGAUGCUGUUGACGAAGCUAAGACCCUUGCAGGAAACCGCCUGCUUGAACUCCAUGAGACUCAAGAGGAUAAUCUAAUACUGUCUAACCAGUUAGAAAAUCUGCAGGCUCAAUUAAAAGAUGAUAACUAUAUUUUCACAUCAAAACCAUAUACGAUUCUUAGCGAUCAGUUACAUCAUCUGAAUGCUGAGAUAGAACGAUACAAGGGUUUGGUUGAAGUAUUACAGAAUGAUAAGAACCAGUUCUUGCAAAGGGAGAAAGAAAUGUAUGCAAAAGGAGAAUCCGUCGACAAUAUUAAACAAUCCAUUACCGCUUAUGAGGCCAAAAUCGAAGAACUGGAACAUCAGAUUCUGAAAUCCAUGGCUGAGAAGAAUGAUCUUGAGAUCAAAGUUGAGGAAUCAUUGCAAGAUUCAGGUAAAAAAGACUUCAAGGAUGAGAUUCAUGUCAUGGCUGCAGCACUCUCUAAAGAGAUGGAAAUGAUGGAGAAUCAAUUGAAUAGAUCAAAGGAUGCGGCUUCUGAAGCACUUGCAUUACGUGAAGAAGCUGAAUAG